AUGGAUGUGGUGACAGGAAUAGCAGUCUCAGCAUAUGCAGAUGAUGUUUCUGUGAUGGUCAGGGAUGGGCAAGAUAUGCAGGAACUAGAGACCAGUCUGAAGGUGUACGAGGGAGCUUCAUCAGCUAAGCUAUUAAGGCCCACACGAGAAGGGGGUGUGGAGCCUGUGCAGUGGGUGUGGGAGGAGCCUAUUUUCCACAACCCAGCCAUCCCUUUGAGAUCGGUUCAGUCUGCCACCCUGCAGAGGCAACUGAUGGCAGGGGGUGUACAAAGGCUAGGUGACCUGAGAAUGCUGGGAGAGGAGGGGUGGAAAACCCCGGAGGUGUUGGCUCAACAAACAGGAAUAACGUCUCUUAGGCUGCUGGAGAGAUUCCUGGAGGAGGUCCAGGAGACACUGUCUGAACAGUGUGGUGGCAGUUUGUUUAGCCAAACUAAACCUCCAUUCACUUAUCCUAUCCCGGUGUCCCACCAGACACGUUCAGAGUCCGACUUCGUCCGCUACCCCGGGAUCAACGACACAGAGGUCCUCACCUGUGAGUGUUCCAACCAUGCCUGUCAGAAGGUCUUCUGGUUCCGCACUCUCCACAACAACCUCGACAUCCAGUUCCUUCUCAGCCUCAACAAUGCUGUCCGGACCAGCCACGAAGCCAGUGUGGGCGAACACCGGUUCCAGGCCAGUAAGCGUGAUACGGGAAGCAAGAUGACUUUCACACUGCGCCUCAUUAACAUAAGGUCAGAGGACGCAGGGCUUUACACCUGUAUGCUCCAGAACCAGAAAGAGAACAAGUUGUGGAGGCCAGGAGUUCGUCUCAGACCUGGAGAAACUCGGCCAACAUUACUCCCCGUCACAAAGCCCCAGCCCCAAGGCAUCCCAAACAGCAUCCCAAACGGCCGCUGCACCAAAGGCAACUAUCAAACCCCAAAAGGUAAGAUUCAUAAGUUUAACAAGUCUGUCCAAUAA